UUUCAAUCUCAAUUAGUGAGCUUAGUGACCACGCGUGUACCUAGCAGGCCAGGUUACAGGCAUUCAACAUGGCGGAUUGCCAGAGUGCAAGCGACCAAAAGGGUAAAGAGCCAAAUGGAAGUGACAAUGAGAGUGAUGAUGACGAUAUCCCUCAGUUAUCGGCACAUGCCUUGGCAGCUUUGCAGGAAUUUUAUGAUGAACAGAAAACUUUAGCAUCAGAAGAAAAAACCCUUAAAAUAGAUGAGGACUGGCAACUCAGCCAGUUUUGGUAUGAUGACAACACAGCUUCUGUUUUGGCAGAAGAAGCUCUAAGAGCAUCAAGCAAUGGCAGAAUAGCUUGCCUUUGCACACCAACUUUGUACAAGAAAUUACUGAGCACCAAGCCUGAAGGAUGUGAAGCAAAAAUAUUUGAAUACGACAGACGAUUUUCUGUGUUUGGUGAAGAUUUUAUAUUCUAUGAUUACAAGAAACCGCUUGACUUACCAGCUUCCAUCACUGAACACUCCUUUGAUCUGGUGUUCGCCGAUCCUCCUUUCCUUUCAGAAGAAUGUCUGGCAAAAACUGCUGAGACAAUAAAAUAUCUUGGCAAGGAAAAAAUAAUUCUUUGCACUGGGGAAGUUAUGGAAGACCUAGCAUUCAAGCUACUCAGAGUAACACCUAGUACAUUCCAGCCAACACAUGCUAGGAAUCUGGGAAACAAAUUUGCUUGUUUUGUAAAUUAUGAUAGUGACCUUAAUAAAUGACAAAAACUGUCAGUAGAUAAUGCCAAGCUCAUUGAUGAAUACUGCUAUUUAUACCAUGGCACAGAAAAGUAUAGCCAUUCAGAAUAUAGGAAAGCCAUUGUAUAUUUGACAGUCUUACAUCAAACCUUCCCAUCAUGUGCUGUGUAUAUGUCGCACUGAUUGUGCUGGCCACUGUAUUUUCUAUAGCAAGGUAUAAAAUAGUUAUGAACACCAUCUUAUGGUAUAACCAUGGAAUAUCUUACUUGUCAGUUGUAUUUUCCUGGUAUAUCCACAAGUUUUUAGGCAAACUUAUGUGUAUAAUGAGAAAAUACAAGUGACUUGUGGGAUGUUCCAUGGUAUACCACUCAAAAACGUUGCAUAACUAGUAUAUACUAGUAUAGAUAUGAAUUAUUUCAUAUAUACUAUACAUCACUAGUAUAUACUGUCGGAAAGAUCCCAAGCUAAUUGUUUCCCAUCAAAGUAAGUUAUGCAACACAAGGAAAAGCAACUUAAAUUAAAUAUUUGGUCUAAAAUAGUUUAUUUUACAAUUGCUUUCAAAAUAGAGAAGCAGCAGUGAAAAUAACGAUCAUAACUAAUUUUCAUACAAGGCAAUGUUUGAUGUGUUAAGAGGAUGUAUACAAAUUCAGGCAGUCUAUCUAGUAUAUAUUUGGAUGUAAUUUUAACUUGAUGUGAAUUAUCCUUUAUGAAAAUAUCUAAUUUACAUUUUGUUGAAAGCUGAAAGAGCUCUUAAAAGUAGUGACCCUCUAAAUGUACAAAUUUUAUGGUCAUUAGCAAACCCCACAAGUAGUGACACAGAAAGUAACAAACAUUGCAAAGUAGCAGUCAUCGGAAAGAAGAGACCUCAAAGUUAAUUGGACUUGAGAAAAACUGGAAAUAACGGAUACGAGACACUGAUCCAAAAUGAUCUUACAUAGUUUGAUUCACAUAACUCAUUGUUAACUAAUGGUAAUGUUUCUCUUUUUGGUGUAUUUGAUGGCUUGGCCCACUUAUGGUACAAAAUUUAGCUGCACAAUAGUAGAGAUUGGACCCUGGAAAGUUACAACCCUCUGGAAGUAGUCACUGGAACGGGCUGGUAAAUCCAAAAGUUGCGAAGGCCAUUACGGUCAGAAAUUUGGGAGAAGCAUUUUCUAGUUAAGGUGGUUUAAGUACUGCAUAUUGUUUUAGACUGUACAUAAUUGGUACUUGUUGUUGCAGCAACAACUUUUAGCACAUGAAUCACAGGCCUAUCAAUUCAAUUUAAUUUUUGCACACAAACUUUGAUGAGUCUUGAAAUCAAUUUACUGUUUAUUUGAAUUUAAAUUUAUACAAAUGUCCACUUUUGUUAAUAAUAAAGAAUAAAGAAAAUAGCUUACCUACAUAUUUGUAAAACAGUUGUAACAGCCAAAUCAAGAGAGUUCCCUUGCUACCUUUUUUAAAAAAAUACCUGUCCUGCUUUUGCCUGAUAAUACUAGGAUUGGUGUUGUCUUUGUUGAAAAUAGUCAGAAAAUUGAAGACCUGAGUACAAAAUGAGGUACACAUGCAAAUAUUUUGGGGACAAAAACACUUUUCCCAUUUGAAGGGUUGACUGGAAAAAGACCCUACAUGACAUCUGAUAGAUGACGAGAUUCCCUUCACAAAUUGCUUUCUGCUUCCU